GAGAGGAUUUGAAUUACCUGAAUGUAUCGCGUUCAAAAUCUUACACUACCAACUUUUAAUUUCAUUAAUCAGAUUAUCCUAAUCUUACGCUUGUAUGAUCUCCGAAUUUCAUCGAUAAAAAGUAUUAAUAAAUGUUAAUUUAUUUUAUGUGCUUACUAAGUAAUCGGCUUACUUAUUUUCUCGUUCUUUUCUCUUCCAGAUUCUCGCAUACUGCAUUUAAUUCUUCCCCAACACACAAGGUUUUUUUGGACUAAACGGGAACCUUCGGAAUACUAAACGUCACAUUAAAUAACGUAGCAUGCGAAUAUUAAGAUUAUGUGGUUCUGCAAAUCACUGUGCACGGAUAUCAACACGCAAAACCAUUUUCGAUGAUGUGAAAGAGUCUCGUAUUGUUUUUUGUAUUGACACUUCUGGAAGUAUUUACAAAGUGUGGGAUCAGAUUUGCUCUCAUAUUGUCGAACAUUUAUGCAAGAUGGCAAUAAACAAUAAAGCCUUGUAUUUUAAUGUUAUAACAUUCGAUGACUAUGUUAAACGCUUCCGAACGAAGCUGGUAAUAGCUUCUUACAUAAACAUACAGGAGUUAAAUAAUUGGUUAAGGAGUGUAUGUUUUGGGACUAGCUGUUAUAUUUUCCCUGCAUUAUUGGCGUCUUACUCGCAUGUGGAUGCGGAAUGUGUAUUACUAGUCACAGACGGUUUAUUGACUAAAGAAUUUUAUGAAAUACAACAAUUAUCCGCAGUUUGCAACUCACGUCCCCUCUAUUUAACUCUUUUAAUAAAUAAUAUGAAGCCAAAUAACAGAGUUAUUGAACUGGCUUCUAAAUUAUUAAUGAUGACGUGUUGUUCGAAGAGUAGACUGAAUGUUAUUACAAUUGCUGUGAGUGGAUGUUUUGUCCAGAUUUCACCGAUUGAAUGGAGUAUCAGAGUUCCUUCAAAACUUUAUGGUUGCCCGAAUUCAUGCUAUAAGUUUGUACUCGACAGUCUACACAAAUUUUCAAAAGAAACUACAGGUGGAAUAUGUCCUUUUAAAAAUUCACCGACACAUAAUUUGACAUCUCAAGAAGCCAUGAAAGAUAGUGCUUGUCAAGUUUCGAACCCUUCAAGUGAAACACUAUUAACAGAGAGUUCCAUUCACCUCCCUAAGAUUAAUGAACAGCAAGUUCAAAGAAGUAAACUGCUUGAAAUGAAUGACUGUCAAACUCAGACAAUUUCUGGCACGUCAGAAGAAGUAACUACAACGGAUUCAAACCAGUUUAUCACCUCUUCAUCCCAUACAAUGUAUGGUGAAGGUCAUAAUCAUAACUGUAUGUGUAAUUCGUGUCUUGCAUGUGAAUGUUCAGAGGAACAUGCUGGUAAUAAAUUCAAACGAAGCAGAUAUCGUGUCGCUAGAUCUUUCAUAAAUGGUCGCUCACAACUUGAUUGGUGGGCUGAUGAUAUUCGAAUAGCUCCUUCAGCUGGUGCUUUACUUCUGGGUCAUACUGUUUUGGCUCCAAAGUAUAACGAGGGUAGUCGGCUAUUCAUGGGUACUGUACUUUCACAGGUAGAUUACUGCACGUUUAUUAUCUGCUUUGAAGACCCUAAUUCAAAAAUAAAACAUCGUGAAAAUAUUCAAGAAACUCAUGUACAUGAACUACUAUCAUAUCUGGAUUUUCAUCGUCAUCCUGUUGAUGCAGGAGAUUUUGUUCUUGUACCUCAGUGUAUAUCUAAUUGCGAGGAAUUAAAUCAUUCACAAAAGCAUUAUCUUAUUCCUUAUUAUGUUGCAAAAGUUUUAUCUGGUUAUGAAUCGCGUUCAUCGAUUAGAAAUGUGUCAGAUAAGCCUGUAAUAGUAGAAUUUGUCAAACAAGGAAAUAGUGAAACAAUUCCAAGAACCAAUUUUAAAAUUCCAUUCAACACUGCUAUAUGGAUACCUAAUGAUUUAUUUCAAAAGAAUUUCUUAUCAAGUAAAAUCCAGUGGAAAUUUACUUCCACCGAAGAAUCAAACAUUUCGGAUGCACAAACAGGUACUUUCCCAAAUGGUACUAACACUUCUACAUUAACAAACAGUGCAGAAGUACCAAACACUGGAAUGGUCAAAUCAAAUGAAAAUAUCUUACGACCGUUCAAUCAGUUAGCUCCAUUUCCCGUUGGUGGUGUUAUUAGCAAAAACAACUGCACUAAUAAUAACACUAAUAAUGAUAAUGGAAAAACGAAGAUGAAUUAUGCAUAUACUAAAGAUCAAUUGGAUCAGCUGAAGAGUGAAUUUAUUGAUUCAGAUUAUGCUUCAAGUAUGGACGAAGGUGGUAGCAGUAGUAAUCAUCAAAGAAAGAAAAGCUGCAAGUCAGAGUCAAAUAUCUUGUCUGAAGCAUUUCAUGAUUUUCAUUCAGAUAUUGCAAGUCGAUUUGUAGAGAGAAAAAGCUGUGAAGAUGAACAAAUUCGACGUCCUAUCAACGUUGAAGCCUGCAGAAUAUACAACCAGACGAAAGAUGUUGCAACAUAUAUAGAUCCAGAACUACAAUAUGGUAAAAUGUAUAUUAAAUGGGUUAAAGAUCAAGUUAGGCCUAUGAAUCGUCCAGAAUGGCGGUACUGGGGGGCUAAGCCUAUACCACAACUAACUGCACCUCCAACGUUUGAACCUUUCAAAGAUACAGCUGCCUGGAGUAGGUCAGAUCGUUUAAAAACUACAGGUAAUAUUCUACGACCAGAGAUUCACUUCAAUAAAUCUCCAUCUAAUCGAAAAUCAACUGAUCAUUACAAUUCAAGAAACGUAGGGUUAUGGUUGAUGGACUCUUCACUUUCGAAUAAGGGUAUAUUGAAAAAGCAAUACUCAAGUUGUUCUAGCUUACCGAGAUUAAACAAUAACCGAAAUGUUGGUAGUAAUAGCAGUAGUAGUAAGGAUAUAAAUCGAAACACUAUGGACAGUAUUCGAAAUCUAAUGGAUUAUGACAGUGUGUGCCAUUCAUUACAUGAUAAUCAUCAGUUGCAUAUUGCUGGGUGUGACAAUCAAACUAAACGAGCCGAUUUUCCUGCAAGAAUUCGACCUAAAUUAAAUCUUCAUUAACAUCGAAAAUCAUUCCUCACAGUUUUUAAUAUUCAGUAAGUUAGUAAAAAUGUUAUAAUUCAUUUUAUCUCGAGACGGAAUAAUAAUAGCAUUCGUAAAAUUACUGGUCAGUCGGUUGGUCGUAUUCAACUGGGAACGUGUCGCAAAUUUGAAUUCGUCUAAUUUCCACAUCUUACAUCAAAACAAAUAAAAGAUUGAUAUUAGAGUGAUAAAUUAAGGAAAUUAAAUGAUGAUGACUGUAAAACCUUUGCUCGCUUCCGUGGAUCCUAAUGUGUUGACAGCUCGUUUUACCAGAGUAUAUACGAGGAGAAAGAUGGAGCAAAGAUCUAAGCAAAGUUUUAAUAUUAUAAAUGAAACAUUAUAUUCCACUGAUGAUCCAAGUUCCUCCUUCAGAGGUUUCCCGUAGUGGCUGAGUAUGAUGGCAUACGUUGCAAAGUUCGUUGGUGUCUGCAUCGUCGUCCAUAAUGUUGUCCCUGUCAGUGAACGCUUCAGAGGUGAUGCGAGUUCAGCUACACUCCCACUAUAGCAACAACUAUCCCUGAUAAAUCGUCUGUGACAAUUCCAAUCAGAUCUCGAUUAUUAGUUAAACGAUUGAAGAACGACAGAAAUUGAGAGAGCACUGCUGAAGUUUCACAAAGAAUGAAGGUGGCAGAGAUCGGUAUGGCCAUUAUAUUCCUAUCCAAGGCCACAAUUUGAUACAUAAAUAAAUUUUUGUUGUUGGUUUUAUAUAUGCCAAUAAACCAUCUACAUCCAAGAAAUAAUUAGCCAAACAAAUUUGCUUUGUUUCAGCAAAGAAUAAAGAUCAUUAUUCUCAUUCAUUUGAUACUCAUAAAGAAAGUGAUAUAGUUUUCCAUUUUGGCGUAAUCCCCUAUAUUCCAUUCAUGUAAAUAUAUACACUGCUAACAAAAUAGAUUGGUCGGUGAAAACAAUUUGUCCCUCAUAUUUUAGCUGCUUCCCGUAAGACUGGCAUACAAAGUAGAUAAGUUUUAAAGUUGCCGUCCCUAAAAUCAGCAAAGAUCCAACGCUCUCGAAUUUCGUAUCAGUCAACCUCCUAAUACACGAUCUGUUGUUGUGUUUUAGGGGAAUACAUUCAUGUUUAUGAUGCAUAUUCUCUCCAAUAAUAAUCUAGUAACCUUCAAUAAAUUUACGAAAUAUAAAGGAUUGACAUUGAGUACUUAUAGCAACCCUUCAGGUAACAAAAUAUUAUAAAAUAACUUGACUUACCUCCAUUGAAUAUGAUAGAUCUAGCUGCUCUUUGACCACUUCUAUAACAUAAAUAUAAUAUACAGUUUCCGAUUCUUAUCGAAAUGAGAAUAGCCAACCACAAAGUGAGAAUAAGUUGUCCUUUCAUAUUCUUUGAUAGCUUUUUAAAAUGCUGAAAAUAAGUAAAACGCUAAAAAAUGUAGCGCAAUCAAGAAUAUAUUUCUGGUCCCUUUAACUGAUAAAUCGGAAUUGGUAGACAAUGUGUUGGAUAUUGGAAUUUUACUACACAAGAUUGGUAAUUUCAUUCAUCAUGCGAAGACCAUUCCUAUCAGAGGGGAUAAAAAGGAGAGAUCACGUUUUUAUUAAUUUGGGGUGGUUGUUGCCGAAUAAUACUUCGCUUUUUAAUCCAAUGUCAUAACUACUCAGAAUAAUAUUCAUUUAAUUUUCAAUAGCAUACUCAAUAUAAGAUUGAGUUUAUUUUCAGUGUGAACUUCAGUACGAUAUUCUCAAUAUCAAAUUAACGUCAGCCGUGUUCAGUGAGACAUUUUGAAAAUUAAUAAUCAAACAGGUAUACAAACCAAUAUAUGAAUGAACGUAUUUUUGACUAGAUUCAUCUUGUUUUGGAGUGAAUAAAUCUUUACUUGUACGAGCUUUUUGUGUUCUUACCUUGUGUUGUGGAAAAUGUAAUGGGUCCUUGUUUCCAAGUAUAAGUAUUAGGGCAAUGUGAAUAUAACAAUGUCAACGUUCAAAACCAUAUGACUAGUACUUGGUAAAUUAUUAACGCUCAUAGUUUAGAGAAAAGGUAAAAAUAAAAAGAAUUAUUCAGUUUUUUAAAAAGAAUUCAAUAACUUCUUUUUUAAAAAGCUGUUUAUUUCAUUAGACGAAACAGGCUAAAAAAUAUUUUUGAAUGCGAUGAAAACUUUUUAAGAUUUAAAGAAAAAUGAGAAAUUCACUCUGACAUUAAGGCUAUAAGUUGCUUCAUGAAUACUACUGGUAUUGGACUAAUUCAACGUAGAAUGUUAGUCGUGUGUUCCCUCUAAAGUAUAAAAUGAUUUAAAUAGUGUCCAAAUGUUUUUGCUCACUAGAAAAGAAUUGGGUGCAAAUAUAUAACAUGUAGACUUCUGAAAAUUCGUAAACAUUUGUAUUUAAUUGGAUAUGUUUUGAUUUCUCAAAAUUAAUCACAUAAUUUUUGGGUUAUCGGUGGGGAAUACCGGAAUAAAAUACACAGUAGUACAUGAACAUAGAUACAUUGGAAUCUAUGAUCUAGAACAGAAGUAUAUAUUGCUCUACGGGUUAUAGGAGAUAACAUUAUAUAUAUAUAUAUAUAUAUAUAUAUAUAUAUAUAUAUAUGCUAUUUAACCAAAUCGGUGAGUGAAUUUUGUGCCAAUAUCCAAGGCCUGUUUUCUUAUACCUGGUUAGUUCGUCCAUAAAUUAUAGUCUCGCUGCUUACUUAAUGAAAUUCAAAGACUCCAUAUUUUAAAACAUAAUGUUUCACAGAAGAAUUGUUAUCGGUAGCUUUCUGUUUGGUCAUAACCAUUGAAUUCUCACUAAACUUAAAUAUUAUGAUUGUGUUGAUUGAUGACAUACUUUGAAAAGGUUUUUCUUGCUGAUUAUUGAUUAAAACAUACCAAAAGUGUAUCUUGGUAAAGCUGUGACUUCAGAGGAAAAGUACAUGAAAAACUACUGUCAGUUUUUUAUAGAGUAAAAUUAAACAAGUACAAUAUAAAAUGGAGUGAAUGCUGUCGAGAUUAACUGGACAUAAAAUAUCUAUGAAUAUAAUGUCAAACUUCGUUAUUUAUAUUUCUGACAUUGAAUUCUAGUUUAUUACAUUGUUUUUAAUUUCAGAGACUUUAUUUCGGACAAUUAAGCUAUGGAUAAAUAAAUCAUUUGUAAUUUAAGACUGGAGGAAGAAAUAAUACAGUGAUAAAUCUCUGGAUUAUUACUAUUAUUAUUAUUAUUAUUAUUAUUAUUAUUAUUAUUGUU